AUGGGAAGCGCAUCAGGAAUGCCAGUCUGCCAAUGCUGCUGCGAGAACGAGAAUGACUCCACCGUCAGCCUGUUUCCUGUUGGGGUAGUGCAGAAUGGCUCCUCAUUGGCUUUGGUGCCCCUUGACCUCGUGUCAGAUGUGGCAGAUGUGGCAGAUGAUGCCGUGACGGCACAUACGUCGAUGCCCGUACUGCCCGUGCCGGUUCUCCCUCCAUCGACAUUGUUGAAGUCUUUGGAAGGUCGGUGGUUCUUGAAGAGCAACUUGAGGCCUCUGUGCCAAGUUUGGAACUCCCAGGUGUUCUUCGACCCGGAUUCCGCGCUCCGAGACACAGUUCAUUUCUUGGCAGAGGAAGGGCCAAACCUUAUCAGUCUCCACAUGAACGGUCAAACUUUCUACGGCCGUGUUUCUUUGGAGGCACAGGCUGCCAUUCUCUGGGAUCAUGGGGAGAGCUGGAUUAAGCAGUGA